UCCUGAUCUAACGGUUACGAUCCACUUCCUAUAUUCUCCGAUGUCUCCGUUUAUGUAUUAAAUGGAGCUUUAAAAAGUUAAGGCGGCGGAACUUUUUUUUUUUGUUUUUGAUUGUUUUGGAUUGUUUUCUAAUGUUUUCUCCUGGUAAAGCGGCAUCAGACAGACUAUAGUGGGGGGGUGUGACUCCAUGCAGCUGUGCCGGCCGGCAGGCUGGGUUUGUUUAUGAGCUGAACAGGUUGUUUUUUUACUGAUCUAUGGGAGAAAACCUGACUCUGGACCCGCUCCUUUAAUCGGAUCUGAAUGAACCAUAACCAUCAUUUCAUCUUCUAUAUGGAAACUUUAAAAAACAGCUUGUGUAUGACAUGAAUGACAAACAGGACAGGCCUUAUGCGUGCGGCGCCCCUGGCUGCUCCCAGCGCUUCCAGCUAGAGGAGCACCUGCUCAUUCACCGACACAAGCAUGAGAUGACCCUGAAGUUUCCUCCCAUAAAGACGGACACAACUUUUUCAGCCCAGACUCCGACCCCCACACGAUUUCUGCAGAACUGUGAGGAGGUUGGUCUAUUCAAAGAGAUCGAGGAGGAGUUCCUUCAAGCCCAGGAAGAGGAAAAAAACAAACAGACACUCUCUCAUAAUGGGCCGUCUUGUAUGAAUCAGCAACAUCUGAAGCCCCAGCUUCAGCUUCAGCAUCCUCCCCAGCCGCAGCUUCCUCAUCCGCAGGCCCCGCUGCAUCAUCCCCAGAGCCAUGGCCCAAUGAUGGCGCCAAGCUGCAGCCUGGCUGCCCAGCAAGCGCUGUCCUGCUCCUCCGCCACCUCCCAGUCAGGAUCAGUGAUCACCCAGGCUCCUUCCACCCUAACACAUUCAGGGCCGGCUGCAGGGGCACUGUCCUGCCUCCUUCACAUGCGGAACAGACACAGGCAACCCCUGCCAGCCUCCUUACCUGGAACCCUCCCAGACCCGGCCAUGCAAGGGGCAUCUGCUCAGCACAUGACUCAGAUACAAAAGCAGAUGUCCUGUGCAAUGGGUAUAGCAGCUCCUGGUCAGAGUCCCUCCUGUUGUUCCCCUCAGAGACCCAAGCUGACAAUGGGGCAUCAUUACCAACAUCAACACCCAGGAAUGCUCGCUAUCAACAACUCUGUGACAUCCAUGGGUCACAUGAUGGAGAUGAUGCCACAGCGUCACCAUGCCCCUUCACUUCAACAGCAACAUCCCCAUCCUCAUCAUCCCCACCACCCUAAUCACCACCAUCAUAAUCAUCCAAGUCAGCCGCCACAGAUUUCAGCUCCACCCCACAUCUACCAACAGAGAUGUCAUGCUCCACCUCCACAACACCUGGGAAGCACUCAAAGCCUUCAGCUUCACCAGUCAGGGAACACAGCGCUCUCUCAUGCUCAUCAAUCCCCUCCAUCACGCCUGCAGCAGAACUCCCCACCCGCACCCCCACUAUCUGCCCCACCACAGUUAUCACCAGUUGCACAACAGAUGCAGCCAUCUCACUCUCAGCAUGCAGCGCAGCCAAGCUGCAGCGGCAGCAGCAGUGGGGGCAGUAGCGGAGGAGGAGCUGGAGGAAGCAGCAGUCGUCGUAGAAGAACGGCAGAACAGGACCCAGAUGAGCGCAGGCAAAAGUUUCUGGAGCGUAACCGGGCUGCAGCGACCCGCUGCCGACAGAAGAGGAAACUGUGGGUUUCAUCACUGGAGAAGAAGGCAGAGGAGCUUACGCACACAAACCUACAGCUACAGAACGAGGUGACAUCACUGAGGUCGGAGGUCGGCCAGUUGAAGCAGAUCCUGCUCACCCACAAGGACUGUCCCGUCACUGCUCGGCAGAGAGAGGCACAGGGGUACCCCACUGCAGGGGUGAGUCCAGGAGGAAGUCCCACCCCUGCAGAUCCUGAGACUCAUCUGCACGCCGUCCAGCACAACAGUGUUUCCACCUCCUCAACUGCCGGAUCCGACAUCGGGCACGGCCCCCUUACCGGACUCUGAAAAUCCACAUGUAUCCAGAGCUGUUUGACAGGAGUCAUCAGCGGACAUUUUUUUUUUUUUCUUUUAAGAUGCAAAAACGAGCCUUGUUUGAAAACUUGGAUGUCAGCUUCGAACCUUGCCCGGAUGCAAAAAAUAUCUAAAGCUGUUAACAUUAACACACCUGCACCUCUGACGUACGGGCUACCCAAACACAGACAAUCUCAGCUCAUUUUGCACUAACUUUAACAAAACUUCUAAAUGGUACAUUGCCUGCUGAAGUAUUUCACUUCAUCUAAAUAGAAACCAACAUAAAGAAGUGGAUUAAUGUGUUGGAGGAAGAAAAGAUUCACAAAAAUAGUAGAAUUGAUGCCAUGCAUUUACAUCUGCCACUCUUUAUUCUGAACACCACUAAAUACAUAAAUCCAGUUCAACCAGUUGCUUUAAAAUAUAAUGGGAUCAGUAGACAGAGUCUACCUGGAUGCAGUUUCAUCUCAGUAAUGUUUCUUUUCCCAAUGGAAAAUACAGUGGUGCAAACAUUAUGCUUUGUGAUUCUCUUCUUUAGCAGGUGCAAAAAAGCUAGACAGAGUUGAUGUGAAUAUAGUUAGAGCUACAUGCAGGAGAGAAAAAGGGAACUACUUGAAACCUACCCCAAAGGACUUGCAGCCAUAAGUUUGUUGAAUAUAAAAAUAUUCUAUAUGAAAUGUAUGGCGAAAUGCACAGUGAACUGUUGAGAUUCUUCCCCCUAAAUGUUCAAAAUACAGGCAUCUCUUUUCUUCCUCUUCACAUAAACUGC